AUGCCUCCUCGACCCUUGCGAUCUCGACUGAAGAAGAGGGCACAUUUGUUCCGGGCUCCAAUCCCUAGGCCCAGUGCACCAGCAGUCGACAGUGGUGGACAUAAUGCAUUAGGUAUACAGGCAGGAAACCAUGGAGAUCAGCCAUCAGAUACAAGUAUACAGUUUAACGCUAUGAUUAAUGGUGAUGCUAGUGAUGACUAUGAUAAUGACUAUGACACAAUUGGCAGCAACAGCGAUUCUGAUAUCGACAUGCCCCUGCCCCAACCCCAAGAUCUCCAGGAAAUCACCGAGAAAGCAAUCCAGGAUCUUUCAGGCCACAUUCCUGUGGAUGAUCCUGCCACGACAGUUCCAUAUGCUGACACUGCCAGAAAUGACGUCUUUGUGCUAGAGAUCCCUACGGAGGACUUCCUUCCUGAUGACUUGAGGAUGCCCCCUCCCCCCAUUCCAGCUGCCACUGAACACGCUUCCAUCCUUGGCGAAGAUGAUUCUGAGCUUGUCCAGCACAACCGAUCAUCACAGCCAUUCAGCCCAUACCUGGCGUUCAUGGCCAUGUGGGCCGAAAAGUACAAUCUGUCCCGGCAGGCCUAUCAAGGUCUUAAUGAGGGAUUACCUCUUGGACAAGAUCUUAACAUCAAAGCAGUAGAGUUGCCACGAGAUGUUACAACUCUAAAGAAACAGUUUAUGGCACAACUGCCAUUGCUCCCACUACAGCACAAGAUGGUUGAUCUCAACCAAGAGAAGCUCCCGACAAUGACGCCAGCAGAGAAGACAGGCCCGAGAAAGGACCGCCAGGCUGAUGCACACUGGUUUGAUGUUGCAAUGUUGGUAACUGCAAUAUUGUCAGCGGAAGACCUCCACAAGGACUUCUGGAAGGGACUCGGGGCGUUCGUGGAUACCCCAAACAAGAUAUGGGAAUGUGAUGUGUGGCUUUGCUCGCUCCGGACAAUGUCUGGAGAGCAUAUUACAUUCUCCGAUAGGCUACCAGUUAUCUGCUCUGAGUUUGUGGAGUAUAACUCGAAGAAGAAAGGCGGCGUCUGA